AGCGUUCCCAAGCGCGCUGGCCGACCAGGCAGAUGGAAUAUUAUAUGGCUAAUGAUAGAACAGGGAAGAGGCAUCCUGCAGAGCCCACACUCUAGUAGACUGGAACUCACAUUCUACUCUGAUUUGGAUACUCCGGAGGCCGGGAGUGGGUUCAAAAUUUCCUGGUCAGAAGUAAAAUCACAAUGGAGGGAGGGAAAGAUAGAAUACGUAAGAAUUUACCCGGGUAUUCACCGACUGUUUAGCAAGAUGCAAGUAAAGCUUCUAGUCUUUCUUUUCUUAGGAAACCCUGGAGACAGAUUCCUGUGUUACCUCAUUGCCGGGUCGCCACAGGGAUCUCAUCCUCACCGGUCUCCCCGUGCGGCGGUUCCGAAUAACACUCCACCUAAUGGCCUUAUUAAGAAGAGCUAGAUUGAUGGAUAUGAAUGUCUGUCUAUCAAUCCCCAGCAGGUGGAAAUGAUAUGGACUAUGUGUUCUGUUCAGCCUGAGGGAAUAUUAGAUAUUACAGUAUGUUACUGAAUAUAACACCCAAGGUUGAGCCAAUUUACCUUUCUUGAUAAUUUGCGCAGAGGUCUUUAUUGUAAAGCGGCACAAACCGGAGUCACAUCUAUGACCGAAUUCGAAGGACACAAGGGUAGCACUGACUUGAAAUUCUGUGUUAUGAGUGAGUUUGUCACUUUAAUGUCUGUAGCCGCUCAUAAUCGAAGUUCUAG